AUGGAGUUCAUAUUAGAAGGUUCCUUUAAAACAUUCAUUACCGUGACAGAUCUAGAAGUGGUUGAAAAGGGUUCUCCAUUGGAGAAAAACAAUAUGAACUUCCCAUUUAAAAAAUAUUCCCAUUUCGCCACGGAUUGGGUUGGAAUAAUCGAGGAAAUUGAGAGCACGGAUACUUCUAGUGUAAAAAAUGACAAUUAUAGUUUUGGAUUCAAAGUCACCAACGGGUCAUUUGGUAUGACGUCAAUCGUGAAGUCAAGGAUCUACCCCAGGAACAACUAUUACACUCAAGGAGACUAUGUCGUUGUUACAUUCGAAGCUUUCGAUCACAACGGAAGGGAACGAUUGAUGGGUGGUGACUUCUUGAUGGCAGUUAUGUUCAACAGGACAUUGGGAAAAAGUACAGCCGGGAGGGUCGUCGACCACUAUAACGGCACUUACAGUAUAUAUUUCUAUGCUGCUUGGGUGGGAUAUUCCGAGUUCAAUGUCACUCUACAUACAACCCGCGAAGCCCUGCAAUGGUUGACCACAGUGUAUAGACCACCUGAAGAACGAACCAAAUGGAAUGCAACGUUUAAAGAUGGCUUACGUAAAUAUCGUGUUGAGUGUAGCCUUCGAACUGGAGCACCGUGGAACAACAGCUGCGAAUUUACGAAACCGAACACCUUUGGGCAGUAUAGAAUAAUUUGCAACAAGCCUAUGUAUGGAUCAUGCCAGCAAUUGUAUUCUAUAGAAAUGACAACUCCGUCGUUGAACAGCGGUGCCGCCAAAGCGAUGUCAGGAAAGGAAAGUCUUUUCUCCCAACCAGUUACGUCACUACAUAUGAAGACGACAGUUGAAAUAGGACAUAGCAAUGCAGGAUACCAACGAUAUCCGAUGGGCUCAGUUCCGUGCGGUCCAGACAUGCCCGUCCCACUAUCUGACGGUUUCUGGGCGUCAGAAUCGGUUUAUACGUCACUCACAUGCCGAACACAACAGUGGUCGACCGAACAAGCCAAACGUUGCUUGGCAGGGAAACAAUUGAAAAUGAUCGGCGACUCCACGUUGUUACAAUGGUAUAAAUCACUUAGCAGUGUCAUUCGUCCAAAUUGGCGAAAGAUCUCCGGAUGGACGGGAAAUCUGCAGUUUAAAGAAGACGACAUUCGGGUACAAUUUCACUUUAUCGGACUGCGAGAGGGUCGUUUACAAUACUUAGAAGAUGUUCUAUUCGAAGGCGAUUUAAUAGAUAGUAUAAAAGGCAGUCAAUGCACCGACACUGUGUUAGUAUUUACCCUGGGUUUACAUUUCGUUACCUGGACUCCUAGAUCAUACAUUGAACGCCUAUAUAGCAUUCGAAAAGCUGUAUUACGAUUAAGGGCUCGAUGUGGAACAAAGACGAUCGUUAUUUUUAAAUGCCCGCACCCGAGAGACAAUGCAAAUAUAUUUCAAAGAGUGCACAGCAACAAUGCGUUGAUUUACGAUUUGAGGAGAAUUAUCAGACGUGUGCUCAGUGGUAUUGGGAUAGCAUUUGUCGAGAUAUGGGACAUGUCUCUCUCCCAUGCAAGCAAAACAGUGGCCCACAUGCCUAUGGAGCCCGUUAUAAGACAACAGGUUUUUAUUAUGUUGUCAUAUAUUUGCCCGGAAACAUCGGAAAAUAUCGACAGGAUAGGAUCGGGAUAA